GAUUCAUAAGGGGAGGAGCUACAUUCUAGCUUAUUGUUCUUGGUUUGAGGAAGCAAAUGUAUUUUUCAGCAGUGUCAGUCGGAGUGAAGACCAGUGAACAUGUCAAACACGGCAGCAGACGGAUGUGCAGGAAGUGUUGCUAAAGGCAACGCAACAGGAACAGACAGGGCGGCAUGCACAGAGAACCUAACAGAGACUGAUUACUUCAUCAGCAGCUCUUUAGCUUUGGAUCCGGCCGAGGAGUACAAGAUGGACAAUAAACGACGAGGCCUUGCACUAAUCUUUAAUCAGGAGCGCUUCUUCUGGCGAUUAGCGUUACAUGAAAGGAAUGGAACAAACGCUGACCGCUGCAAUCUGGAGAAAAGACUGAAUGAGCUCAACUUUGAAGUGAAUGCUUAUGAUAACUGCAAACGGGACGAAGUCUUUAAUAUAAUCAGUGAAGCCGCAGAAGCCAACCAUUCAGAUGCAGACUGCUUUUUGCUCGUCUUCCUGAGCCACGGCGAGAAUGAUCACGUUUACACCUACGAUGGCAAGAUCAGCAUUCAGGAAAUCACGUCCCUGUUCAAAGGAGACAAGUGCAAGAGCCUUGUAGGAAAGCCGAAGAUCUUUAUACUACAGGCAUGCCGCGGAGACAAGCAUGACAAUCCAGUGACUCCCUGUGAUGUCGUGGACAGUGAUCUGAACACUAAUGAGGUGGUGGUGGACGCUAGCGCCGUACACACCCUGCCUGCUGGGGCGGAUUUCAUCAUGUGCUACUCUGUGGCUGAAGGGUACUAUUCCCACCGGGAGACCUUCAACGGCUCCUGGUACGUCCAGGAUCUGUGUGAGCUGCUUAAGAAGUAUGGCGACUCCCUUGAAUUCACAGAAUUACUGACGCUGGUCAACAGGAAAGUGUCUAUGAGGAGUGUUGGGAACUGUAAAGAUUGGAACGCUAUCGGGAAGAAGCAAGUACCUUGCUUUGCUUCGAUGCUCACCAAGAAACUCUACCUUCGACCAAAAAAGUAACCGUUAUAAAAACUGAGUCAUAAAAUGAGCUGGUUUUAUACCUGGGAAACAGGGGCUGGGAGACUGUCAAGAAUUUUGCUUCAGUCUUCCAUUCUAUUUUUUACUCAAACACUCUUUAAUCACCUAUGCAUUGAAUCAGAGCAGCUAUAGUAGUUACAGUGGAAUCGGUGGUUAUAAAUUAACAGUACCAACUUGUAUUCACAUUCACUGUGGAAAUAGGACUAUUUCUAGCCUCAGGCCAUCACUACACUAACGAAACCUAAUGCCAUUCACAAUGGGGGUUUCAAUGAUAAGGUAAAGUAACUUCUGGAGAAUCCAGAUGUCUUGGAUGGGUUAAACCCUGAAGUGG